AUGUCUUCAAAUAAUCAGAGACCCUCGAUGGGGCCCCCAGAAACACCGAGCAGAUAUAUGCAGCAACAGUCUCCGGGCCUUUUUCCAACAUUGCAGCUCUCCCCAGACAUGUAUGCACACCAGUUCUCCGUAGGGCCAGCUACGGCUCCAAUAUACACGAGCCAGAGCCUGUUCUGGGACCCCUCCUACAAUGAUCCGUCCAUAUCCCAGCAAUAUCAAGGUUCAUUUCACUACAGUCCAGUGGUACUAAGCAGCUCGUUUGCCUCUUCAUCCACAGUGGUACCCAGCUUUGUUGCCCAAGAUGCACUGUCGGAAGAACAGCCUUAUGACUUGCCUAGCCUACCCCGUUCCGCCAGUUACUCCAAUGUUGACAGCUCUGCCUUUCCUGCCCCAUUCACAACCUCACCGCGUGUGUUUCAACCACAAAUGGAGAACCCAAGCAUGUUUCUAAGCUCACCGGCAAGGCGAUUUGGUACCUCCGACCAAUUUUCGAGCCGCUUCGCGCAGAACGCUGCGCCCGAGCGCCCGGCUUAUGCGCAUCAGAUUGAGGAAUCCAGGCGGGAGGAGGAAAUGAAGCGAAUGCGGCGAGCGGAUAUGAAGAAACCAUCCAUUACACGAUCGGUAAUGGAAGCCUUAAGACGACCUAUCACGCCCAAGAAGGACGGCAGACCGGGUCUCAAGCGGAGUUUGACGCACACUGGAGUGCGGAACGAUCGCAGCCUGAAAGUUCAGACUCAGGGGAUCCGCGAAGGACGCAACUCUCCCGUCCUCCUUGAACACAAUCGACUCCGCUCAGGGCGCUCAUCUCCUCUCAAGCCGAACGCAGACCCCAUCUCCCGGGCUCUCACCAGUAGCCGCAAUGCUAAACGAGCAUCUCUGUCGCUUGCAAUUGACGAAAACGGCGUGGCCAAGACGGUCAUGACUCAAGAUGCUGGAGAUAUGGACCUGGAUCAACCGUCAGACAGCGAUGCCGAGUCCUUUGACGACACAGACUUUCACAUCCUCCACAGCCAGAGCAACUCCUUUGCUUUCGGGGGAUAUGAGGAUCAAGCUCCUUCGGACAGGUUCUCCGGUCAUUCAAAGACUAGUUCCCGUUCUACCAUGGCCUCGAUUAGCUCUGCGAGACAGUCAUCAUAUCAAAGCUCUGCCUCCAGUGCAUCGAAAACCCGAGGGACCGAUGGAUACCAUGGUCGGAGGCCGCGGCCCAUUCUUGGCUCUACGAUUGAAGACGACACACUAAUGGAGGAAGAGCCUAGGGGCGAUGCCCAGCAUGCAUUGCGAGCCAUAAUCCAAGAUCGCUCUCGGUCCACAUCGGCAGGGGACAGCAAUAACCCAAUGCAAUUGCAUUCCUCUCCUCCCUUGCAGCAAGCUCAAUAUGCUUUUUAUAACGCCUCGCCAACAACAAUCACGGAUCCGGAUUUAGCUACGCCGAGCACCGACAGGGAGAGUCUCGCAAGCAACGUGAGCAUGCGUUGCUUGUGCAAAUCUCCCAUGCUGGACGGGUCGGUGCCCAUGAUUCAGUGGUAA